GCUAAUCGAGAGGAGAGAGCUUGUAGUGUUUGCAAAUAUGAGAACGGAUGCAAGCGUCCGUUGCUGAUCCCGCCAUAAAUACAUUCGCUUGCUUCUUGUUCCUCCUCUCCAAAAUCCCUAAAUCUCUCUAACCCUAACCAUCUCUCUAUCACUUUCGAUCUCUCUCAAUCUCAGGUAGUCCAGUCGCCAAUAUUGCUCUCAUUCUCGGUUGAUUUCAGGGGCAUCAUCACGCUGCUGCUGUGAAGAUGGAGCUGGAGGUGCCGUAGGAGCAGAUGUCUGAGUGGAUGUCCCAAUACCCUGUUGUGCCAUCAUUCUAUGCAUAAACGUCUGCAACUCGUCCAGCACUGUGAUACUAUCAAAAUGAGUUCGGAUAGGAGUUGGAUGUAUGCUAGGCAUAAGGAAGGCAUUUUGAACGCAGAUUUCCUACGAGGAUUAAAUAAAUUCUUCGAAUUCGCUAAGCAACAUCCAGAAUGCAUGGAGGGAGAUAAACUCAAGUGUCCAUGUAAUCAUCGCAAGUGUCAAAAUCGUGCCUUUCUUGACGAGGAGACGAUUAGGCUUCAUCUCAUGAAGCAUGGAUUUAUACCGCACUAUUAUCAAUGGUAUGUGCAUGGAGAACCCUACGACGCUGAAAACAGAGAAGAUCGAAGGUGGAUGUAUUUUAGGCUUAAGGAAGGUUUUUUGAACCCAGAAUUCCUACAAGGACUGAAUAAAUUCAUUGAAUUUGCUAAGCAGCAUCCAGAAUGUAUGGAUGGGAACAAACUCAGGUGUCCAUGUAAGUUUCCUAAGUGUCAGCAUGUCUUUGCAGACGAAAGUAUGGUUAAGUAUCAUCUGAUGAAGUAUGGUUUCGCACCAUACUAUUAUCAAUGGUACAUGCAUGGAGAACCCUACGGAAUCAAUGUCAACACUUCCAAUAAGCUAGUGGAGCAAUCACCUCAGCUGCAAGAGGGAUAUGGUGAAUCUCCUGCUAUGGGCCAGGAGACCCUCAAUCAUCAGGCAGUGGGAAGUGAGAAGAAGCGUCGAGUCUGUGAAGUUAGAUCCCGAGCAUCUCAUGCAUUAUCUGCACAUGCAUCAGCUUGCCCACAGGCAAAGGAGCUGGGUACUGAGUUAAGACAGCUACGCCAAACUGUUGAGCAGCUACAGCAGACUGUUGCUGCUUUGAAGGAGAGAGACCAGCAGCGCGAGAAGCAAGUGCAGGACUGCAUGCGCCAAAUACAGGAGAUGAUGACGCAAAUGCAGUCUUAAUUCUCUUAAGGUUCACAUUCUACAUUUUGGAAUCUAUCUCUUAACGAUCAUGCCUCUAAUGAUGCUGAUAGAUUUAAUUGCCUUAAUUUAGAGUACUUUUUUCAUCUUUAGUACUGCUGUUGGACGGUAUUAUCCUUAAAGAUUUUAUUUUUGACAUUA